AUGAUUUUACCCAAACAAGAAGAGCAGCAAGUAUACUUUGAUCUCACAAACAGCGCAAUCGCCGAAUUGUCUACAGCAAAAAUGGACAACAAUAACAACGAGAAAGAGCAACACGUGUGGUUGGUUCGAUACGGAAAGACAGCACCAGGUCUGAUCGAGAACGUAGGCAACUACGACUCUGAUCUUCACAUGGAUGGGAUCGAACAUGCUGAGGCCAUUGCUCAACACAUCGCUGCAAGUGGAAACGUGCCGGAUCACGUCUUCGCUGAUCCCUUUCUAAGAUGCACCCACACAGCUGACACGAUCGUGUCACAGUUUAACCGACUCACAGAUAAGGGAAUGAGGGUCAAGGUUGAACAAGGUCUGACAGAAUGGCAAGUUCCAUCCUUGUUGGUUGACCCUGAAGGAAUACGCACUGAUCCAAGACCACUCCAUGAAUUGGUUGACAUCUUUGACAACCUGGACGAAUCGUAUGAAUCAACAAACCCACAAGGUCCUGACCGAGAAUCUUCUGAAGAAGUAGAUCCCGGCUGCCCUCGCUUCCCCGAGACUGAAGAACAACUCAGCGAGAGAUGCAAGACAUCUAUCGAAAAGAUUUUGGAGGUGAUUGGCAACGAUUCCGUUGCAAUCGUGAGCCAUGCUCCAUGCCUUCAGUAUCUAGCUCUUGCAUUGGAAGGGUCCCAAUUUCCAAGCGAAAGUGCUCUUGGACCAUGGUCGUUGGGUGGCGUCACCCAUUUUUCCAGAAUUCCGGGAGAAACCAAGUGGACUUUGAGAUCGUACAGCUCCACAUCACACAUGCCAGGGGAAUUCUGUGAUGGUGAGCUGGGAAAGUGGUCCUUACCCAGUUUUGUCAAGAACUAA